AAGAGAAGGAGAGGACAUCCCAGAGCGCACAACUACAGGAGCUGCAUCUCUAAAGAGAAACGAGGCAUUUUAAAGACAACAUUUAAUCAGCCAGAAUUCUUAGAAUACAUAUUUAAGGAGGGACAAAGAUCAUGAGGAGCAGUUUUGACAAAUUCCCUGCGCUGUUGUGCUGAGAAAAGCUUUCCAAGUUAUUCCUCAUCUUUGCGCAACAGGUUUUGCUUCAUAUAUUUAGUUUAUAUUAACUCCGAUCCAUGUAGGAGGAAGAAGAAGCAUGGUGUCACCAUUUCGGCCCUUUGGCACCGAGCAGGAGAUCAACUCAUGGGAUGUAGCGGCUGCAGAGUCAGGUUCAACUCUGGGAAGGCGCUCUCCAGAGUCUCGCUGUUCCUUACCAUGGUCCUAAUCGUCACCUACUUCUUCUACUGCCUCACGGGAUUCUGUGAGUCGGUUCCGAGGACUUUAUACAGCCAGCAGGUUUCAGACGGGGACUAUGACGUUUCGGAAGAUCGCCGGCGCAUGCUGGAGGACGCGCGCCUUUCCCUCGACCGCAACCUGACGGAGGACGCGGAGCAGGUGGACGGGGAGGUGGAGGGGGGGCCCCGGCCCGGGGGGGCUUCCAGCAUCCCCGUGGACAACAACAUCCCCGUGGCCAACACGUUCGGGGCCAAGAGGCUCCCGCAGGCCAUUAUAAUCGGCGUGAAGAAAGGAGGAACCCGAGCCCUGCUGGAGUUUCUGCGCAUCCACCCGGACGUGAGGGCGUUUGGCGCAGAGCCGCACUUCUUCGACAGGUUUUACGCAAAGGGACUGGAGUGGUACAGGAACCUGAUGCCUCGGACACUGGACGGCCAGAUCACUAUGGAGAAGACACCGAGCUACUUUGUUACAAAGGAGGCCCCCAGCCGUGUCUGCACCAUGAACUGCCAAACCAAGCUAAUUGUGGUGGUCAGGGAUCCGGUAACACGGGCGGUGUCUGACUACACCCAGACGCUCUCCAAGAACCCAGACCUCCCGUCCUUUCAGAGCCUUGCCUUGAAGAACUCUUCCACGGGCCUGGUCGACACCACGUGGAGCGCCGUCCGCAUCGGCCUCUACGCGAAGCACCUAGAGAACUGGCUCCAGUAUUUCCCCCUGUCUCAUUUCCUGUUCGUUAGCGGUGAGCGGCUAGUGUCCGAUCCAGCUGGGGAGAUGGGUCGCGUUCAGGACUUUCUGGGUCUGAAAAGAGUAGUUUCAGACAAACACUUCUACUUCAACCAGACUAAAGGCUUUCCUUGCUUAAAGAAGCCAGAGGGGAGCAGCAGACCUCGCUGCCUUGGAAAAUCUAAGGGCAGACCUCAUCCCCAAAUCCCCUCUGAGGUACUACAGAGACUCCGAGACUUUUACAGGCCUUUCAACCAUCGUUUCUAUCAGAUGAGUGGACAAGACUUUGGCUGGGACUAACAGAAGAACUCUUAGUCAUAUGUCUUAUGCACCAUAUGUGUUGUAUUUAAGACAAAGACUUUUAAAUCCUUUCCCAGUACUGGAAGUGGUUUGUUUUCUCUUGUACUCACACAACUGCCUUCCAGUGGACACACCCAGAAACGAUGAAAGCACAGUGUUAUGGCAUUGCAUAAUCAAGCUAGUUUAUUAUUUAUCACUGGACAGUGGACGUCAGUCCCACACGGCAUGACUGACUGACAAUGAGCCGCUAUCUGUCUUGCAGGCAGGCAGAAGCAUUAAGCCUCGUUUUGUCAGGUGGCAUGAGACGCUACGGUUGAUAAACGAACGUGCUCAUUGGAAAUGAGGGCCUGUUCCAAGGUGUCAUGUUCCCAUCGACGCUGAUAGGAGCAAGCAUCAAUAAAAACCGAAACCACUAUGGGGUUGGAUUAAUGCAGAUUAAAUACUUUCCCCGAUUCACAAAAGACAGAUACUAUCAGGUUUUAGUGUACAAAGGGCUUUCAUUUCUGAUCAGUGGCUGUUUCCUCGGGGCUAACGUUCUCAGGGAGGGUAAGAGUUAAUUCUGCCUGUUGAAUAAUCGAGGCCUGCCUUCAGCAUUCAUGAACUGCCACAUUUUUGCUGAAAAUAGGAGCUGAAAUGCUGCUACUACACAAUCACAUGGUAGUGACUUUUUCUUGCCCUUUCAGUAUGUUCUACACGUUUUAAACGAGAUUUUAUCCUCUCGCUAUGUUUUGUUUUCUAUUUAUGGUUAAUAUUAAUAUAAAAUACUGCAGUUACAUUUUCUGUUUUAUGGAAGAAAUAUAUUUAUUACAUGACAAACAACACAUAAAACUGGAAAGUAACAGACAGGACAUUGAGGAUAAUGUCAUACCCCACAAGGCUUUGAUGCCUUAAUAUUUUUAUUGCAUUUACUCCAAUAGGAAUUUCUAAAACUAUGCAAUGUGUGUAAUGUUACAAAAGGCUUUCUGUAUAAUGCAGUUGGUACACUAACUGAUAUCCAAACUGAAGAUAAAAAAAUGCAUUCAUACACAUGAUGCAUUUGCAUGGAAAUAAAGAUGUGUUUUUCCUUCAAUGUUGCAUUUUAUUCGAUAUUUUAAUUGCGUUCAAUAACACCAACUCUACCAGCUGUAGUUCACUGCUCAUAAAUUCUUUUUAGAUCGGUGAUUCUUUUUUAAACUCUUUUUGAACCAAUACAGCAGUCUGUAUGAAAGCUGAUCUGACUCUGAAAAACUGUUAAGUAAAACUUUUUUUCUAAAAUGCAUGACUUCAUCUGUUUUCAUUUCAUGUGUUAAAGCAAAUUAUAAUGUGCUAUUGUCCUUCAUGUCUAAGCUGCCGUACAUAGAAUUUGAAGGUGCAGUUUGUCUGUGUGUUGGAAGUUCAGUGAAAAAUAAAAUAAAACAAUAUAUAUUCUUGGUCCCUCAUCCUAGUCAUGGCUCUGUAUCACAGUUAGAUACGCGCCGAUCCACUUUUGU